AUGGCGUUAGCAAUAUAUCUGUUCUUGAGCACUCUAAGUUCGUCAUGUGAGGCCUACAAAGCGCUGGUGGUUUUUGGAAUGCCAUCAAAUAGCCAUUUCAAUCUUGGCAAAGGAAUUGUCAGAAAUCUGUUAAAAGAUGGAAAUGAGGUAACAUUCAUCACUCCUGUCGAAUGGAAACCCCCACCGAAUCUCCGGCAAAUCGACGUGAGUAACAAUUUUAACGUCAUGCCAUCGUACCUACUAAAUAUAAAGCAUUUAAUGGAAGCCCCUACGCCGACUGGCCAUCGUAAGUCUGUAAAGACGAGGUUGAUAAACCUGGCGAAGACAACGAUGGAAUAUGAAAAUGUACAGAGACUGUUGAAUGAUACCAAUGAGCACUUUGAUGUAGUCAUCGUUGAGCAUAUGUAUUCAGACCUUGGUGCAGGCUAUGCUGCAAUAUUCGACUGUCCUCUCAUCUGGUUGAGUCCUGUAGAAGUGCACUCACUGUCUAUUGGAUUGGUCGAUGUUUUACCAAACCCAGCUUAUACAUCAGAUGUUCUGUCACCAUAUACGCCACCAUUUACUUUCUUGGAGAGACUGGAAGAACUAUGGAUAAGAAUAUACGAUACAUUCUACGACUAUAUGGUUUAUGAACCAAUGGAGGCAGCAGAAUAUGAAAGAUUAAUUGUACCGCAAAUCCAAAAGAGAGGUCGUCAAGCCCCACCAUAUAGUGAAGUCCGAAACAACGUAUCUCUUGUGCUGGGUAACUCACAUGUGUCUACAGGCGUGUCUCUUGCCUUACCACAGAACUACAAGCCUAUUGGAGGCUACCACAUCGAUGAAGAAAUUAAACCGUUACCUGAGAACUUGGAAAAGAUAAUGAUGGACUCCAAAAACGGAGUCAUAUACUUCAGCAUGGGAUCCAACUUGAAGGGCAAGGACUGGCCAGAACAAAUCAAACGUGAUCUCCUUAAAUUAUUCGGAGAACUGAAACAAACGGUGAUCUGGAAAUUCGAAGAAGAAUUGCCAAAUGCACCGAAAAAUUUGCAUAUUAUGAAAUGGGCACCGCAGCCGAGCAUUUUAGCACAUCCAAAAUGCGUGUUAUUUAUAACCCACGGAGGACUACUAUCUACUACAGAAGCUGUUCAUUACGGUGUUCCUACUAUCGCUAUACCUGUCUUUGGAGACCAGAUCAUCAAUGUUAAGAAAGCUGUAUCCAGAGGAUUAGCUUUGGAAGUUAAACUGUCUUACAAAUUGGCUGCUGAUUUAAAAGUGGCUAUUGAAGAAAUGCUUAACAAUCCACAGUAUAGACAGAGAGUAAAGGAGCUGUCCUACAUCUACCACGACCGACCAGUGCAGCCGGGAGCGGAGCUGCGACACUGGGUGCAGCAUGUAGUGAACACACGCGGCGCCCCCCAUCUGCGCUCUCCUGCACUAGCCGUGCCAUUAUAUCAACGACUGUACCUAGAUUUAGUUGCAAUAGUGUCAGUAGUUUUUCUAGUUUUGUACUCACUCAUAGGAAAACUAUAUUCUCGUAUUAGGUCUAAGAAAAGUGUAAGUAGUAAAAAAAUAAUGGCGUUAGCAAUAUUCUUAUUCUUGGGCCUUCUUCUAAGCUCGUCAUGUGAGGCCUACAAAGCUCUGGUGGUGUUUGGAAUGCCAUCAACUAGUCACUUCAUUCUUGGCAAUGGAGUUGUCAGAAAUCUUUUAAGAGAUGGACAUGAGGUAACAUACAUAACUCCUCUUGAAUAUAAGAAUCCCCCACCAAAUCUUCGGCAGAUUAACGUGAACAGCAAUUUUGACGUUUUACCAACGGAACAAAUAAACAUAAAGCAUUUGAUGGAAGCUCCCACGCCGAGUGGCCAUCGGAAGGCUGUUAAGCUAAUGCUGAUAAACCUUGUGAAAAAGACGAUAGAACAUGAAAAUGUACAGAGACUGUUAAAUGAUACCAAUGAGCACUUUGAUGUCGUCAUCGUUGAGCAUAUGAUGUCGGAGCUUAGUGCAAGCUAUGCUACAAUAUACGACUGUCCUUUAAUCUGGGUGAGUCCUGUAGAAGUGAACGCACAGUCUGUUGGUUUGGUCGAUGUUUUUCCAAACCCAGCUUAUACUACUGACGCCAUGGCGUCAUACACGCCACCCUUUACCUUCUUGGAGAGAUUGGAAGAGCUAUGGACAAGAAUCAGUGAUAACUACAAUGACUACAUGGUUUAUGAACCAACAGAGGAAGCAGAAUAUCAGAGACUAAUUGUACCUCAAAUCCAAAAGAGAGGUCGUCAAGCUCCUCCAUACAGUGAGGUCCGAUACAACGCAACUCUAGUGCUGGGUAACUCACACGUGUCUACUGGUGUGCCUCUAGGCUUACCGCAGAAUUACAAGUCUAUAGGAGGCUACCACAUCGAGGAAGAAGUCAAGCCUUUACCUGAGGACUUGGAAAAGAUAAUGAUGAACUCCAAAAACGGAGUCAUAUACUUCAGCAUGGGAUCCAACCUGAAGGGCAAAGACUGGCCAGAAGAGAUAAAACGUGAUCUCCUUAAAUUAUUCGGAGAACUAAAACAAACGGUGAUCUGGAAAUUUGAAGAAGAAUUGCCAAAUGUACCGAAAAAUGUUCAUAUUAUGAAAUGGGCACCGCAACCGAGCAUUUUAGCUCAUCCAAAGUGCGUGCUGUUCAUAACCCAUGGAGGACUACUAUCUACUACAGAAACUAUUCAUUACGGUGUACCUACUAUUGCCAUACCUGUCUUUGGAGACCAGUUCAUCAAUGUCAAGAAAGCUGUCGCUAGAGGUUUUACUCUCCAAGUUAACCUGUCUUACAAAUUGGCUGCAGAUCUGAAAGUGGCAAUUGAAGAAAUGCUGAGUAAUCCUAAGUAUAGACAGAGAGUAAAGGAGCUGUCCUACAUCUACCACGACCGACCAGUGCAGCCGGGAGCGGAGCUGCGACACUGGGUGCAGCAUGUAGUGAACACACGCGGCGCUCCCCAUCUGCGCUCUCCUGCACUAGCCGUGCCAUUAUAUCAACGACUGUAUUUAGAUUUAUUAGCAUUCCUAUUUGUAGUCUUUCUAGUUUUAUACACACUUAUAAAAAAAUUAUAUCGUCGUGUUAAGUCUAAGAAAAUUGUAGACAGUAAGAAGAGGAAUUAGAAAUAAAUUAUUUAUUUU